AUGGAUUCUCAAUUGAGGGAAGUUGGCCGGGCUCCAGGUGAUUCUCAAGGGAACGGCAAUGACAUCGGAUCCUUGGAGAUUGAACUCAAUGGCAGUGAAGAUACGCAACAAGGAAACUUUGCGAGGAUCGCAAGGUUGAGAUGCACGAGUUGCGAACAGACAUUUGGGAGAGUGGAACAUUUGACGAGACAUGAGAAGAGUUAUAGAAAAGAGGGAUGGCUGAGAUGUGAAGCUAGGGAGUGUAAGAAGAGUUUUUAUCAGAUUGAUGCUCUGCGUCGACAUGAAUUGGUUCAUAAGAAAUCAAACCGAAAUUUGCUGGGAAGAGGGGCGAGAGCUUGUUCGGCCUGUGCAAUAGCGAGAAGAAGAUGUAGUGGUGAAAAUCCUUGCAAAGCUUGCGCGAAAAGAUCAAUUGGGUGUACCUUUCCUUCAUCCUCUGGUGCCAUGGUCAACGAAAGACGUCGAGAAUCCAUUGGGUUAUACGAGAAAAUUUCAAAUCAAAGGGUUUGGGUUGAAAAUGGUCGAACUGGGGAAGGAAUCACGAGUCUACAAUCUCCAAUUUCGUGGUCACAUGCUGAUUCACCGCUCAAUCCGCAAAUGAAACCUAGAUCUUCGAUUGACCAUUAUCGUUCAGAGUUUGGGUUGGAGAAUCUGGAUGUUGCUGGUCAACAGAUGAAUAUCCAAAUUUUGGGUUCUGGUAUCCAUCAAUCAUUCAGUCAAUUUUCUCCGCCAAAGAAUUCAACAGGAAAUCAGAUGUCCGAAGAUGCUCGCAUAAACUCGACCACAUCUCGAAAUUAUCAAUCUACUUCAUCUUCAAUGUUACCCCUUCAUCCAAUCAUAGAUCUUGAUGAAGCUGCCAACUUGUUAUUGAUUGGAACGGGUCAGGCUUCACAUCAGCUACAUAUCCAAGAUAAAGGUAUUUCUGAAAGUUUGCCAGAAAGCGCUAGUUCUUGGGCCCAAUAUAAUGUAUCCUCUAUCAACUGGUUGCCUUACGAUUGGGCUCCUGACUAUCAACUAGAUGAUGAUACAGUGAAAAUGAUUGAUUAUAGGACAGAUCUGAUUGGCUCAUCGCCUAUUACCGUCCCAGGAGAAACUAUCCGAAGGCCUGCGUAUUCUGCAAACACGGCUAUUUUUGCGCCCGUCCCCGCAAACCCAAGCGCAAAUGCAUAUAAAUAA